AUGUACACCAAGUUCAAGAGCACGUUCGAGCCGGAAGUCGAAGACCUCUUGGCCAAGCAUAUUGCUCGGAAAUGCCAAGAGCGCGGUGAGACACCCCAAACUUCCUCGGUCUCGCCAGAAGAGGACGCAGACGACUUCGAGAUCAAGGUGUAUGUUCUGGGCAAGCAUUUGUUCUACACUUUUGGCUGGCAGUAUUCAAGAGCAGCCUUUGUGAAGGUGCUAGCUGAUAUCUCCUCAACUCUCAUGCCCUUGCUCCAAAAAAAGCUGGUUGACUACGUGGAGACCAAGGGUUACGGGGCCAACACCAGCACGGGAAAGGGAGUCGGCUACGCUAUCGGGGCGUGUGCCAUGAUCCUGUUCUCUGGCAUUUGCAUCAAUCAUUAUUUUUAUAAUGCCAUCACCACGGGAGCCAAGGUGAAGGCCGUUUUGACGAAAGCGUUGUUGGAAAAAAGUUUUAAGCUCGACGCCCGCGGAAAGCACAGAUUCCCUGUGGGCAAGAUAAAUUCUAUCAUGGGAACGGAUCUCGCAAGAGUCGAUCUCGCUAUCGGCUUCUUCCCCUUUCUGUUCAUCUUCCCUGUUCCCGUUAUUAUUGUCGUUGUGAUGCUGAUUGUGAAUAUCGGGGUUUCAGCUCUGGCAGGCAUUGCCGUGUUUGUUUUCUUCACGCUUUUCACAGGGGGCCUCAUUAGAUACCUUUUCAAGCUGAGAGUGAGGGCCAACGUGUUCACAGACCAAAGAGUCAACCUGAUCAAGGAACUUUUGAAAAAUUUCAAGAUGAUCAAGCUGUACGGCUGGGAAAACUCGUAUCUGCGCUCCUUCCAGAAGAUCCGUUCCCAGGAGAUGUCGACGCUGUUCAAGAUGCAGGGAGGCAAGAACGUCCUGAUCGGAAUCUCGCUCUGGAUGCCUCUGGCUGCCUCGAUGGUGGCAUUUCUGGUUCUGCACAGCCUGAAGAGCAGCCGCUCUGUUGGAGACAUUUUCUCGUCUCUGACUCUUUUCCAGGUUCUUACCCAGCAGUUCCUAUUGGUUCCUGCCAGUCUUGCCAUGUCCAGUGACAUGGUCAUUGGACUCAAGCGUGUUUGUCAAUUGCUUUCCUGUCCGGAGGACAAGGAGCUGGACAAGUUCUUCGACGACCUCGACGACGAGAAGCUGGCCAUGAAGAUCGAAAAUGCCAGCUUCCAAUGGCACACUUUUGAGGAAGAUGUGGCCGAGGACAAAAACGAGAGCGUGAAGAGUACCAAGAGCACCAAGAGCUCGACAAUGACCGAGGAGCAGGACGUUGCCGAGAAGGAGUCGCACGAGCGAGAGGAGCUGUCCAAGACCGAUUUCCCCGGGCUGCUCCACUUGAACCUGUCUAUCAAGAAAGGCGACUUUGUGGUUGUCACAGGCUCUGUUGGGUCUGGAAAGUCGUCGCUUCUGAACGCCUUGUGCGGCUUCAUGCCCAAGACCGAAGGAAGAGUCUGUAAAAAUGGUAGCAUUAUGCUCUGUGGUGUUCCGUGGGUGCAGAAUGCCACCGUGAAGGACAAUAUCACGUUUGGCCGGCCUUUUGACCAGGAGAAGUACGACACUGUUGUGAGAGUGUGCUCCUUGAAGGGAGACUUUGACCAGCUGCCGGGAGGAGAGCUCACAGAGGUGGGCGAGCGUGGUAUUACUCUCUCUGGAGGCCAGAAGGCGCGGAUCAACCUUGCGCGGGCCGUCUAUGCUGACCGAGACAUUAUCAUGCUGGACGACGUUCUGAGUGCCGUGGACGCCAAGGUGGGCAAGUUCAUCAUGGACGAGUGCAUUCUUGGAUAUCUCAAGGACAAGACGCGGAUCCUUGCCACGCACCAGCUUUCGCUGAUUGGCUCUGCCGACAAAAUCAUGUUUCUGAACGGCGACGGUUCUGUCGACUGCGGAACGUUUGCCGAGCUCAGGAGCAGAAACGCCGAGUUUGUGAGACUUAUGGAGUUCAGUCACGACGUCGAGAAGGACGAUGACGAGGAGACACUGGAAAACGAGAAGAAAGGCUUUUUCGACGACGAAGACAAGGGAAGACUCGUCCAGGCCGAAGAAAAGGCGGUGAACGCAAUCUCGUGGCAGGUGUACAAGUCGUACAUCAGCACCGGAUCCGGCAAGCUCAAGGCCUUGCUCCCGAUGCUCUUUUUCCUCAUCAUUGCGGUAACCACUUUCCUCACCCUCUUCACCAACAACUGGCUGUCUUUCUGGAUCAUCGACAGAUUCCACCGCCCAAAGAAGUUCUACGAGGGCAUCUACAUCAUGUUCACUAUGCUGGUUAUGGUGUUCAACGUUCUGCAGUUCAUGAUUCUCGUGUACUUCUGCAACAGAGCAGCGCUGCGACUCAACAUCAUGGCCUUCAAGAGAGUUUUGCAUGCCCCAAUGUCGUUCAUGGACACGUCUCCUAUGGGACGCGUUCUCAACCGAUUCACCAAAGACACCGACGCCCUGGACAACGAGAUCCAGGACCAGCUCAGAAUGUUCCUCAAUCCGGCAGCCACCAUCAUCGGCACGCUCGUUCUGUGCAUCAUCUACCUCCCGUGGUUCGCCAUAGCCAUUCCGUUCUUGGCAAUGCUGUUUUUCCUGGUGUCUUCGUUCUACCUGUCCAGCUCGCGAGAGGUUAAGCGGCUCGAAGCCGUGAAGAGAUCGGUGGUGUACUCGCACUUCAACGAGGCGUUGUCUGGAAUGGACACCAUCAAGGCCCACGGCUCCACGGAGCGGUUCCUCAAGGUCAACGAAAAGCUAAUAGACAACAUGAACGAGAGCUACUACAUUGUCGUCGCUAUUCAGGGAUGGCUUGCCAUUAGUUUGGACACCGUUGCGACGCUGCUGUGUCUGAUAGUUGCGCUGCUCUGCUGUUUCCGCGUGUUCGACAUCAGCGGAGCUUACACCGGUCUGCUGCUCACGUACGUCUUGACCAUUGCGGGUCUGUUGAGUUUCAUGUUGAGAUCGCUGACAGAGGUUGAGAACCAGAUGAACUCCGUCGAAAGAGUCAAUUACUAUGCCACCAGUAUCAAACAGGAGGCGCCUUUCGAGAUACCAGAGAACGACCCAGAGCCUAGCUGGCCUGCUGUGGGGGCCGUGAAGUUUGUCGAUGUCAGCAUGAGAUACAGGGAAGAGCUUCCGCUGGCCGUCAAGCACCUCAACAUCGACGUCAGGGGCGGCGAGAAAAUCGGCAUUUGCGGCCGCACGGGAGCCGGAAAGUCGAGUAUCAUGUACUGUUUGUUCCGGCUAGCCGAAUUCGAGGGCCAGAUCCUAAUUGACGGGGUCGACAUAUCGAGGAUCGGGCUGCACAAGCUGAGGUCGCGGCUGUCCAUCAUUCCGCAGGACCCUGUUCUCUUUAGGGGCACCGUGCGCUCGAACCUGGAUCCAUUUGACGAGCACGACGACGAGACACUGUGGACCUCGCUGGGCAAGGCAGGUCUUAUCGAUAGGGCGCUUCUGCCGCAGGUCAAAGAGCAGAGCAAGGGAGACGCCAAUCUGCACAAGUUUCAUCUGAGUCGGACUGUUGAGGACGACGGUUCGAACUUCUCUCUGGGUGAGAAGCAGCUGAUCGCAUUGGCCAGAGCCCUUGUCAGGGGCACUAAAAUCCUGGUUUUGGAUGAGGCCACUUCGAGCGUUGAUUACGAGACGGACGCCAAAGUUCAAAAAACCAUUACCGAAGAGUUUAGUGAUUGCACGGUGUUGUGCAUUGCACACAGAUUAAAGACAAUUGUGAAAUAUGACCGGAUCAUGGUUAUGGACAAGGGACAGAUCGCCGAGUUCGACACUCCACGGACUCUCUACGACCAGAAAGGCAUUUUCCGGUCGAUGUGCAACAAGAGUGGUGUUUCUGAGGCCGAUCUAAAAUAG